AUGGAGUUGACCGAGGAGCAAAGCUCUCCGAAUGCUGAGACUAUGCUGUCUGAACCUAUCACCCCUAUACCUGUUGGAUAUCCGGAUGUUCACGAGUUCGACGAAUUGAUGAGGCGUUACGUUCACGAUCUUUCUCCCAAGAAGCAAGACAAGGCUUUGAUUCAUGCGAGUAGAGCUGCCAAUAUCAAGUCGGUUCUUAUAGAUAAGAAAACAACUUCCAUCGAAUCUGCGCAAUUUCGGCGAGUUGCCCCGUUCAUUGUCAAGAUUACUCUGGCUGACGGCCAAUACAGAUUCUGGGUCAAGAAGAUGUUUACACUCCAGCCCAAUGAUCCUAAUCUCCCAGAGGUUCGAAGAGGCACCAGCCGAAAUUCACCUCCCGAAUGUGAUAGAAGCCCAGAAGAGAUGACGGAUCCUCAAUCUCCAGAAGCUCCACCGAAAUCAUUUUCAAGAAAGAACUCUUCAACCCACAAGAAUAACAAUGCCAGUGAAAGCUUACAACUGCAAGAAGCAGGCUUCAACACCAGUGCGACUUUUGAGCAGCAGAAUCGUUGGAUGACACCACUUCCUCCGCAAGAUCCUACCGGCAUUCGAACGACAAAUUUGACCAGCAGCAACACCUUGAACACCCAUGAUGGUUACAGUAGAAACGCACCCAUGCCGUUGACUUGCACAAACGCCACUCCACCGGGCUUAUCGUUCUCUGUGAAUCCAUUUGUGAACAACUCCACAACCUCGACAGCAUACAACACAGGUCCCAUUUACAAGGUACCACGGGGUCAUCAUCCUGCAGGGCAUGACUAUGAAGUUAAGCUUGAGCGGAACUACAUGUGA